CGUCAGUCAGUAUCCGAAUCGGAAGUGAGGUGUUCUGCAGCUCUUUGUCCGCGAAUGUUGCUUGUGCAUCAAAUUCUUGUGCUUUCGUUUGUUGUUUUAGUGAGUGUAGAAAGAGUGAAUCGAAGACUUUAUUUUUUUCUUUAACGGGACUUGCACUAUUCAUACUUCCGUUGCGGAUAAAAAUGGGAUGGUUCGAAUAAUCGCCGAUGAAUUCCUGACAGAUGAACGCGACCGAAAAUAUUACGCCGAUCAUUACAGUUGCUGUCCGCCGCCCCUGUUUAUUAUCAUAAUCACAUUAGUAGAGAUGACCGGUAAACGUUCAAGAAGUUUUAAAUGUGCCGUCCACCAUAGAGAUCGGGAGGUUUCGUCUGAAAACGAUUUUCACCUCCUUUUGGUCGAACCACCCUUAUUUCGAAGAUGGUUGCAUUUAGGUUUCAAUCUGGUGGUGCAACUGUUGGUAGGACUUCCUUUAGAAAUGGUCCACGGUUCGGGACGUGUAGCUCUAAUUUAUAUAGCAGGUGUAGUGGCAGGAUCACUUGGUACCUCAGUCUUUGACAGCGAUGUCUACCUCGUAGGCGCAUCUGGAGGUGUCUAUGCCCUUCUUGCAGCUCAUUUAGCCAAUGUUCUCCUCAACUACAACAACAUGCAGUGUGCCUCUUGUGAUGUUGGGUAUGCGAUUUAUUCGCGAUACGCGAUGGAAACGAUGGGUCCUGCCAUUUCUUACGUGGCGCAUCUUACGGGGGCACUGGCAGGUCUAACGAUAGGUCUUCUGGUGUUGAAAAAUUUCGAACAAAAGCUUCACGAGCAGCUCCUGUGGUGGAUUGCUUUGGGUGUGUACGCGGCGUGCACAAUUUUCGCAAUUCUCUUCAAUAUUAUGAAUCCUAGCCCCGAUAACGUACAAAAUGUUGGAGAUGGAGUAAAUACGCAAUAUGUUUAUAAUCGAUGGUUGCAUUUAGGUUUCAAUCUGGUGGUGCAACUGUUGGUAGGACUUCCUUUAGAAAUGGUCCACGGUUCGGGACGUGUAGCUCUAAUUUAUAUAGCAGGUGUAGUGGCAGGAUCACUUGGUACCUCAGUCUUUGACAGCGAUGUCUACCUCGUAGGCGCAUCUGGAGGUGUCUAUGCCCUUCUUGCAGCUCAUUUAGCCAAUGUUCUCCUCAACUACAACAACAUGCAGUGUGGUAUAUUGAGGCUUCUAGGAAUAUUUGCAAUAGCCUCUUGUGAUGUUGGGUAUGCGAUUUAUUCGCGAUACGCGAUGGAAACGAUGGGUCCUGCCAUUUCUUACGUGGCGCAUCUUACGGGGGCACUGGCAGGUCUAACGAUAGGUCUUCUGGUGUUGAAAAAUUUCGAACAAAAGCUUCACGAGCAGCUCCUGUGGUGGAUUGCUUUGGGUGUGUACGCGGCGUGCACAAUUUUCGCAAUUCUCUUCAAUAUUAUGAAUCCUAGCCCCGAUAACGUACAAAAUGUUGGAGAUGGAGUAAAUACGCAAUAUGUUUAUAAUCGGUUUGGAGUCUAACGAAUGUUAUUUUAUUUUUCCCUUGUUAGUCAUCUAUCUCAAAGCCGUAUUUUCCUGUCGUUUUCCCAUAAGUCGUGUAAAUAGAAAAAUUAUAUUUAUUUGUUAAGUUAAGUCAUUUAAAUGCAUACCAGUUUCCGUAUUAAGAAAAGAAAGAAUAAUGAAGCAAACUUUGGCUAUGGUUUAUUUUUUCAAAAAUUGCGAAAUGCGCGUUAUUUUACAGUAUUUAAAAAAAUAUUAUGAUGAAUCGAUCUGAGCUUUUGUAAAAUUAUUUAUGUAUUACGUUAACUUGUGGUAUUAUUUUGAAUGUUGGCAUGAUAGCCGAGACUGAUAAAUAUCGAUUUUGGAAAUUGUCGUUUAGAGUUAAAAAGAAUUAAUAUUUUUUCAUUGUGUAAAAGUGUUCGUUCGUGAGUUAUUAGGAUGAUAGAAGUUUUUGUUGUAAAUAUAUUCCGAAUGUAUAUAUACUAAGUCGCGAUUUAUAUUUAUUAUUUAUAUUGAUGCCAAAGACUGAAAAAAAACAAGCAUAAAUGUCUUUAUUUAUUACCAUUAUUCCUGUAUAAAGAAGCUGCUGACAAGUAUAUGCAUAACUACAUAUUUCUAUUUAGUGCUUGUAAAAAAUAUCACUUUUAGGUAAAUUUUUAACAAGUCUCUCUGAUUGUGUAGACAUUUUUUGUUAUCAAUAUUUUUAUGUUUAAGUUUCAAAACAUAAAGCAAUUAAAUAGAUAAUGUUUAGAGACACAAUAAAUUGCAUUUUUAAGUUAUUAUUAUGAGUAAAAGGUGUAGUAGAGUUUCUUUCGGUCUUUAAAAAGGUUUGCCAACAGCUUCUUUGUUUUUUGAGUUCUUUUUUUGUGUCGUUAACGUUUACAAUGCAAGGUAAUGAUAUGUUAAGAUGAGAUGGUUGUAAAUGAAUGUUAGUAUAAAAAAAUAACGUAUGAGUGAUAUUAUUAAGCUAGUCAUACGUAUAUUAAAAAUGAGAAGCCUACCAAAGAAUACUAGUUGACUUUAUACACAGAUGGCCUUAUACAGUAACAGUAGUUAUAUUUUUCACAAAGAACACGAUAAAGUCGUAUUUUUACAUCACACACUCAGGUAGAAUUUUCACUUUUUUUUAUUACGAACAGAACUGAAGUAGUUUAGACUAGACAUAUAUUCCAUUUGUUACUAAAUUUCUUGUUCGAUUUUUGUCACAGUCUUUAUUAACUAUUAAAAGUUCAGUAAGAAAAUAAAUUAUACUUGAAGCAA